AUGGCAACCACAUUAUCCCGCACCAACACUGAAGUCAUGGACGAUUAUUUACCUUUGACUACCCAAAUUACAAACCAAUCUGAUAUAUCACAAGUACAAGCACAAUCUAUUCAACCUAAUCAAUCUUCUCAACAACAUUCUUCUCAGAAUGACUUUUACCAAUAUAUCUCGUUGCCAAAUAUGUCUCAAGACUCUCUACAAAAAUUCUCCGAAAAUGAGGAACCGAUAAAUCCUAUUUCCGAAGCAGCCGCUCCUGCGCUGACCAGAAAUACUAAUAAUAAUAAUAUGAGCAAUGGCAAUGAUGUGCAUGAUAUUACUAAUAGGUCUAAUUUUGGUAACAUAUACAACCCUUACGCUAGUAUGGACUCAUAUACUGUCCCCCUCACUGCAGAUCCCCUGAACCCAGAGAUCAUGAAUCUUACUACUGAUGAAAGCAACUAUAAUAACGAAGAUAUCCAAAUUGUUAACCCAAGACAGACUACUACUAAUCCUACUCCAAGUAAUUUCAACAAUUCCAUAAAUCAGAAUAUAAAUCAAUCAGAGAAAAUAGAGUAUGAUGAUGACAUUUUGAUGGUUCCGCAAGAUAACUACUUUGUUUAUGACCAGCAAGAUACACAGAAUAUACCUGAGUUGAUGGAACUUGAAUUACAAAAUAAACAGUUUCCUCAAUCUAAUGAACUAAAUAUCUUCAAAGCAAAUGAUGUAUUUUAUGAAUUUUCUGAUGAAGAAGAUGAAGAUGAUGAGGUCGAUCUACAAAAUAAGUUAGACGAUGAUGAAAUGGAGAUGAAGAUGGAUGAGAAUGAUGAUGAUGAGGAGCUAGACGAAUUGGAUAAAUUUCAAAAGUCACCUUUCAGUGAAGAUCGUGAUAAUUCACUUGAAAAUCAUGCAACUAAUUACAUCAAGUAUAAUGGUAAUUGGAACGCUAGUAGUAAUAAUUACGGUUAUGACAAUUUGAAUUCCAUUUAUUCGUUAACAGUUCCGAAUCAAUUGAAUUCAAUAAGUGCAAACCAAAAUGGUAUAUCUGUCAGUGGUAUUUCGUCACCUUUGACUAGCUUUGAAGAUGUGGAUCUUUAUGCAACUGAUGAUACUAAAGAUAGUAGCACCAAUAAUGUGUCAAACAGCUUUAAUGUGACUGAUGAUGAAUUACAUCAAAUUCACAAUCACAAUACAUUCAACAUGCGACAUUUUGAUGAUUAUGAAGAAGAAGAAGAAGCAAAUGAGAGAGAGAUCCAUGACCACGAUGAUGACGAAGAAGAUGAAGAAGGAGAAUUUUAUGAUGAUGAGUAUGCGAUUGACAUCGACAUGGAUUCUGAUUUGCACACCCCUGUAUUUAAAGAUAGAAAAGAGUCUGUUACUGCCGAAUCAAGACCAUUCCUAAGAAAGGAGCGCCGUUCAUCAUCUUUAAGAACUUCUUCGAGACCUAAAAGACUGAGCAGAAAGUCUGCUUUUGCCUCCUUAAUGCCUCAUCAAGCACCUUCACUAAGGAAACCGAGGGUAUCUUCUCAUUCACAUUCUGAAAACUGCAGAGUAGAAUAUGACGAAAAUAAAAACGAAGAGCAUAUCUGCACAAUACCUAACCCUAAGACGGGCAAACCGUGCCUCAAGAAGUUUUCAAGACCAUAUGACCUAGUGAGACAUCAAAAUACAAUCCACGCAUCUAAGAGGUCAUUUUACAGAUGCAUGUUUUGUGAAGACGAUUUAAGAAGAAAGCAUGGUUUGGACUCUAUCAACGAAGUUGUCAUCGCUUGUAAAUACAGGGACACGCAAUUUUCCAUUGACAAUUCCCAAUCCCAUACUGCUAGUUCCCAUAAUGUUAAAAAGGUAAAAACAGGCACAGUUAACAACUCUGGGUAUUUAAGCAAUAAGACUUUUAGUCGUUGUGAUGCUUUAACAAGACAUUUACGUUUUAGACAUGGUUUAAAUAAUAAUCAGCUAGUAGAUGCUAUGGACUUUGCAAAGAAGAAUGUUGAGUAUUAUGAUAACUAG